UAUACCCAUACACACCGCUCGCGUCAAGUGUUUGUAGAGAGCGGAGAGAGAGAGAGAGAGAGAGAGAGAGAGAGAGAAACCCUAGUUUCUCCGGUUCUCUGCAGCGGUUCUUCAGUGAGCAGUCGAGGUCUCUGCUGCGCCUUAGGGUUUCGUGUAAGGAUCAAAAUGGCUGUGGAGAUCACCCAAAUUCUCUUGUCUGCUCAAUCAGCUGAUGCAAAGAUCCGGACGGAGGCUGAGGUUAACCUCAAACAGUUCCAAGAGCAAAACCUACCAUCUUUUCUUCUCUCUUUGUCAGUUGAGCUCUCAAGUACUGACAAACCAAUAGAAUCCCGUAGAUUGGCAGGUAUUGUACUUAAAAAUUCAUUGGAUGCUAAAGAUGCUGUUAGGAAGGAACAUCUUGUUCAACAGUGGGUAGCAAUUGACAUGUCUGUCAAAUCCAAGAUCAAAGACAUGCUCUUAAGUACUCUUGGAUCUUCAGCUCCUGAGGCAAGGCACACUUCAGCCCAAGUAAUUGCUAAAGUUGCUUUUAUUGAAAUUCCUCGAAAGGAGUGGCCUGAGCUCAUUGGAUUAUUGCUCCUCAAUAUGACCCAACAAGAAAGGCCUCCUCCAUUAAAACAAGCAACCUUGGAAACACUUGGAUAUGUUUGUGAGGAGAUAUCACACCAGGAUCUUGUGCAAGAUGAAGUCAAUUCUGUCCUCACUGCUGUAGUUCAAGGCAUGAGUGUUGUUGAGUAUGGCCCUGAAGUCCGCCUAGCAGCAACUAAGGCCCUAUAUAAUGCUCUUAAUUUUGCACAGACCAACUUUGAGAAUGAGAUGGAGCGGAAUUACAUUAUGAAGGUUGUUUGUGAGACAGCCGUGGCCAAAGAGUCUGAGAUCAGGCAAGCUGCUUUCGAAUGCCUUGUUUCAAUAGCAUCAAUGUACUAUGAUGUGCUUGAACCAUACAUGCAGACCAUCUUUGUGCUUACCUCAAAUGCAGUCAAAGGCGAUGAGGAAGCUGUUGCCCUUCAAGCAAUUGAAUUUUGGAGCUCCAUUUGUGACGAAGAGAUAGAACUUCAAGAGUAUGAGGUUGCUGAACGGGGGGAUUCUGUCCCUCCGCAUUCCUGCUUCAUUGAGAAGUCUCUCCCUUCUUUAGUUCCUAUGUUGUUGGAGACUUUAUUGAAACAGGAGGAGGAUCAAGACCAAGAUGAUACUACUUGGAAUAUAUCCAUGGCUGGUGGGACAUGUCUAGGUCUUGUUGCUAGGACUGUUGGAGAUUCUAUUGUUCCCCUUGUAAUGCCAUUUGUGGAGGCUAAUAUAUUGAAGACAGACUGGCGAUCUCGUGAGGCAGCUACUUAUGCAUUUGGCUCGAUCCUUGAAGGACCAAGUGUUGAGAAGCUUGCCCCAAUGGUCAAUGCAGGCUUGGAGUUUCUUCUUAAUGCGAUGAAGGAUGAUAACAGCCAUGUUAAGGACACAACUGCUUGGACACUUAGCCGUAUUUUUGAGUUGUUGCACACUCCAUCUGCUGGAUUCUCUGUGAUUUCUCCAGCAAACCUCCAGCAUGUAGUGGGGGUUUUGUUGGAGAGUAUUAAUGAUGCUCCCCAUGUAUCUGAGAAGGUUUGUGGUGCCAUCUACUACCUUGCGCAGGGUUAUGAAGAUGCUGGCACUAGCUCUUCCUUUCUCACUCCGUAUAUUCCAGAUGUUGUAAAAUGUCUUCUUGCAACUGCUGACCGGACAGAUGGUAGCGACUCUAAGCUCAGGUCCUCUGCAUAUGAGACACUGAAUGAGGUAGUUAGGUGUUCAAAUCUGGAAGAAGCAUCUAGCAUUGUAGCACAGCUACUCCCUGUCAUCAUGACUAAAUUGGGGCAAACAGUUGAAUUUCAAAUUGUGUCCUCGGAUGAUAGGGAAAAGCAAGGGGAUUUGCAAGCUCUUCUUUGUGGUGUUCUUCAGGUUAUUAUCCAGAAACUUAGCAGUGCUGAUGAGACCAAGGCUGUAAUAUUGCAGGCAGCCGAUCAGAUUAUGAUAUUGUUCCUCAAGGUGUUUGCUUGUCGUAGUUCUACUGUGCAUGAGGAAGCAAUGCUCGCCAUUGGUGCACUGGCUUAUGCUACUGGACCAGAGUUUGGGAAAUAUAUGCCAGAGUUCUAUAAAUAUCUGGAGAUGGGCUUACAAAAUUUUGAGGAAUAUCAAGUUUGUGCUAUCUCAGUUGGGGUGGUUGGUGAUAUUUGUCGAGCUUUGGAUGAUAAGAUCUUGCCUUACUGUGAUGGAAUCAUGACACACCUUCUGAAGGAUCUAUCAAGUGGUGAGCUGCACCGAUCUGUCAAGCCUCCCAUAUUCUCCUGUUUUGGUGAUGUUGCUCUGGCAAUUGGAGAACACUUCGAGAAGUAUCUUCCUUAUGCAAUACCAAUGAUGCAGGGAGCUGCUGAGAUCUGUGCCCGAAUGGACAAUAAUGAUGAGGAGAUGGUAGAAUAUGGCAACCAGCUUAGACGCAGCAUCUUGGAAGCCUAUUCUGGAAUUCUCCAGGGAUUCAAGAAUUCCAAGCCUGACCUAAUGUUGCCCCAUGCUGCACAUCUCAUGCAGUUUGUAGAAUUAGUUUGCAGAGACAGACAAAGGGAUGAGGCUGUGACAAAAGCUGCUGUUGCAGUCUUGGGCGAUCUUUCUGAUGCACUCGGUUCGAACGUGAAGACACUAUUAAAGGAUCACUCAUUCUGCACUGAAUUUUUAGGUGAGUGUCUUGAAUCUGAUGAUGAACAGCUCAAGGAGACCGCAACAUGGACCCAAGGGAUGAUUGGACGUGUUUUUUCUGUCGCUGGGUAACAUAAAAUGUUAGCUUCCCACCCCCCAUUCUUUGUUCAUGCAACUAGCCUCUUUUUCUCUGUUGAAGUUGGGUGUCGGGGUACUGAAAAAUCAGCUGGGUUCAUCUUCUUGGGUCUUUAUGAUGCGGACGUUCUGAACUGGUGAAAUGUUUUACCAUCCGCCAUGUAUGGGAGUUGGAAAGGUUUUCCCUUCAGAUAGUUUAGCAAUGAGGUUACCUGUGGAGGUGGCCUGAUAUUCUUGUAAACUCUAUUUAGUUCUUUAUGGGUCUAGUUGAUGGUUCUUUAUCACAAGCUUUUGUCCUCAACCUCUUCUUUCACAUGCCUUUUUCUACCAGGUGCAGCUCCCGGGGCUGUAGAAAGAACUAUAUAAAUGAUUCAAAUGUUUUGUUCCUCUGCUUACCAAAAGCAAGAAAGAAAA